GUCGCAAGUCGCAAGUCGCAAGUCGCAAGUCGCGCGCCACGGCCAUCUCCAGUCAGGUCGCGCGCUCAGACGACAGAGGGCCAAUCCCAUCCCCCAGCGCAACCAGCACAGGACUAGUGGAACCAGACACAGAGCACCCAGAGCUAAUCCCCGAACCGCAUCUUCGCUAUGGACGACGGAGCUGCUGCUACGGCGCCUCUGCCUGCGCGCCCCGACGAGCCCGACACGAGAAACAGCCUGCGACACAUUCUGGCCGCCGACCCUCCGAUGGACGACUCCAAGCCCUCGCCCUCGCAAGCCAACACGCCUGUCCCCGAUGGGAGCGAAGCUGGCGGCGAUGCGCCCGACGCUGCCCGCCCAGUCAACGACACAGACCCGGCGAGGCCGUACUACACGGCGACGACGACGACGACGCGCCGCAAUGCCAACGGGAGCGUGUCGUCCGUCUACAGCGGCAACAAGAUCAAGCAUCUGAAGAAGGACGACGGCAUCCCGCUGUGGCGCAAGGACAUCCAGUUUGACUUCCUCAAGCUCGUCUUCGAGGACGACAAGCCCGUCUUCACCAAGCAGUCGGACAGUACCAGCGGCCACACCUUCGCCGACAUCUACCUCGAUGCCAUGGCCAAGAGCAGCAAGUGCAGCAAGAUCCUCAAGGACAAGCUGCUGACGGAGCGCCCGGCUGCCAUCAACAUGGCCAUGGUGUGUCUGCUCGUCAACGUCGGCCGCAUGAACACGACGCUCAACUUCUUCCCUGAGAUGCGCGCCCAGCUGCGGACCUACCACUCCAUCCCCUCCCUCCAGGCCCACCAAGACCCGAAUGCCUACAAGCAGCUGCAGGACGCGCCCCGCUUGAAGUCCAUCCUCAAGGGUGCCACCGAGGACCAGGAGCAGCCCAGCACCAUCGAGGAGAUCAUGGCAGCUUCCGUCCCGCGUACCAACCCCGUCAAUCUUAUCUUCGUCCUGUCACAAUACGCGCCCAAGAUCUCAGAGCUGCACUUCUUCCCGCCGCGUGACUUCUUCGACCUCGUCAUGCGCUCCAACUUGAGCAGCAAGAGCAGGGCCACGGCCUUCCUCUGGCUCAUGUGGUGGUAUCUCGAGAGCGACUUCACCAAGGAGGCUGCAGAGAGCAAUCCUUUUGGUCCCGGCCAGAUGGGACCGGCCGAUGAUCCGACUACGGCAGAGUUCCCUAUUAAGUGCCCGCCUUUUGAGAUACUCUCGCCAGAGCAGGAGGCGCUGGAGAACGUCGACUCCAUCGAAGAGAAGACAUUCGGUGAGAUUAAGCGCAAGGAGAGGACAGCUAUAUUGGCAAGCGACAUGGCGCCGGUCGUGACAGGCCCUAAGCGUACGAACAAGAAGGGCUUCAACCAGAACCCAGUCUUCUCAAUCGCCGCCGAUGAUGGUGCGUCGACACCUGGACGCGACAGGCAAUCGCCUUCCCAUGGUAUGCUGCUGUCUAGCCUUUGCGACGGCACCGAUUUAACAAUACCAGGCUCCGCACGAGGACGAGGCAAGCUUGCAAAAUCUAUCAUCGAACGAGACUACCCCUCAGACACCGACCGGACCCGGUCUGCGUCUCCUCCGAACAGCGUCUACAACACAGCCAAGAAGGUGGCUACACCCAACAUGCGCAUCAAUACCCUCCUCAACGAAGAUGGACCGGCUUCGUCUCCUGCGCCCAAGGGCCCCGGCCGCGGGAACUGGUCGCGCAAUCGCGCAUCAGGCAUAGGCGCCGGAGGAACACCAGCCGCACGCUCUUUCAAGACAAAACUCGACGCUCCACACUCGCAAGAUGGCCAGUCCCCCUCUACAUCCGCACCCACCUUCAACGGACCACACGGCUUCUACCUCCCGCUCAACGGUUCCGACCCCUCGCAUAAACGAACAAGACCCCUUACACAACACCAACUAGCUGUCGAGCAAUACAGGAGGCGACGCGUCGACGUCAUCCUUGACCGAGGUAUCCGCAUCGAGUACGCCGCCGCAGCCAAGCGCCGCCGCAAAGCCAACCCCUUUAUGCGCAGCUGGAUCCGCUGCAAAGGCAUGGCCGACGGCUACGACACAGACGAAGAAUCGCACGCGCAAUUUGCCCAACUUCCCGAAUACGAACUCGGCACCAAAACACCCCCGCCCAUGCCCUCUGGCCUCGUACCUCUCGACUUUGGCGGCGAAGUCAACGACCAUGGCGAGGAGUCUUACUACCGCGCUAAGAUGCUAAGUAGAGCCCUGCGUCGCUUGGAUCGCUGGGAGGGCGGCAGAAGUGCGCUUAGAGCCCGACCCAAGGGUGAGAGGAGUAGCGGAUUGCCAGACGUCCAUGACAGACCUGUUUUGGGUAGUGAAGAUGAAGAUGACGAGGAUGAUGGCGAUGACAUGAUGGAUGUGGAUGAGAUGGAGAGGAGGGAGGCGUUGGAGGAUGCUAGUGAGGAAGACAGCGAUGAUGAUGUUGACAUGGAGGGCGAGAGGAGAUGGGAUCCUACUUCACUUCCGCCAUUGCCCAGGAUGGCUUGACGCGGCGUUCGGCUGAGUUGAGUAGCUGCGGAGUUGUGACUUGGGCAUUCUGUCUUGUUUAUUGUAAGGGUCGGGCUUCUUGUGUUUUGAUAGGCUGGGUAGCAUGGCGUUCAUUGCGUGAGACGUGUAGUCGUCUUUAUAUGGAAAUCGGAAAGAUACAUUUGCCAGAUUUUUCGUUGAAAUCGUCAUCAUAAAAGACUGGGUGGAUAAUAGUAUCUUAUUAUAUGGGUGCGGCCUUGUGUUAGUCGGUGUAGGCUGAUGACGAGACCACCGUGUUGGUACAAUCAAUGCUAAUUAAUGAC